ACCACCCCAAGAUCAAGAGUCACAUGCUCUGCCAACUGAGCCAGCCAGGUGCUCCAUCAUUUUAAUUAGAACCAGGGACAAUUAUUUCCUUUAUAAUUUUCCUAACAUUGCAGUCUAGACUAUUUUUUAACCAUAAAUUAGUAUUUUGUUGUGUGGCCUAGAAAAAAUGAAAUAGUAUAUCUCAAUUUGCCCAAUUAAUGAUAAUUAAAAACCAAAAUGGUUCAUUUGCCUAUUGUCACCCCCAACUAUGUCAUAUUCUCCUUAAAAACAAGGAAUUUAUCUUUUAUACAGGAUAUCUUAGAACAAUCCAUGCUAGAUGGCUGGAUAGAUGUAGAUGGAUGGGUAAGUGGAUGAAUGGAUAGGUGGGUAGGGUAGACUGAUACAGAUUCUUUAAAUGAUCAAAUAAUGUGAAUGAAUGAAUUCUGCCCCUGACAACCAUUAUACACAGUUGUCAGAAAUGAAAUAUUCACAAAGGUUCAGCCAAAAUUGUCCUGUUAUCAUGGUGUAAUACUCUAGAGAAGUGACGACCAGUUUACAUCACCACACAGGGAAAUUUUAAUCUCUCUCCCACCCCUCCUCCCCCGAAAAGCCUCACAACCUAGUUGAUUUACCAGUACUACCCACGUGUGGCAGAAUGAUUUGUGCCACCAACACAUCACUCACACCUCUCCACCAUCGAGAUGACACAUGCGGUCCCCUAAAUGUUCCACCCGGAGAAUCUAGAGGAAGUUGACAAAGUGUGACAACAGCACAGCACACUAUGUGGUGGAGACUUUGCAGCUUGCUGGCCUGGUUCCCCUUACAAGAAGCCUUUCUGACUAACCACAGAGAAAGAGUCACCGUGGAGGAAGGCCAGACACUCACCCUAAAGUGUGUCAUUUCUCAGGGGAAUACCACCUCCCUGCAGUGGCUGACCCCAUCAGGGUUCACCAUUUUUUUAAAUGAGCAUCCUGCCUUAAAAAAUUCCAAAUACCAGCUUCUUCAUCACUCCACCAAUCAGCUCUCCAUCAGCGUGCUUAAUGUCACCCAGCAAGAUGAAGGCGUGUACAAGUGUUUACAUUACAGCAACUCCGUGAGAACAAAGGAAGUAAAGGUGAUCGUGCUAGCAACACCUUCCAUGCCAACUCUAGAAGCUUCAGUUAUCAGAAUGCAAAAUGGAAAACCACACGUUACACUUAAAUGCUCCACCGUGAGAAGUAAGCCCCCUCCGCAGAUAACCUGGAUUUUAGGGAAUGGCAUAGAGCUCUAUGGUGAAACCCACCAUGAAUUUGAAACUGAUGGGAAGAAAUGUAACAGCAGCAGCAUCCUCAGAGUCCACACAUUGGACAAAAGCUCAACAGUAGACUGCGUCAUCCGACACAAAGGCCUACAAGGAAGAAAACUGGUAGCACCCUUCCGAUCUGAAGACUUGGUUACGGAUCAAGAGACGGCUUCAGACGCCCUGGAGAAAAGCUCCCUGUCCUCUCAAGACCCUGAGCAGCCCACUAGUACUGUUGCGGUAAUGGAAGAUUCUAGGACAACCGAGAGUGACAAGGAAGAGAAAGAACAAACCACUCAAGACCCUGACUUGGCCAGUGAAGCCAGUCUUCAGUAUGUGGGGGUGAUAAGGAGGAAAAACGGCAUUCUGCUGCUCACCCUUGUGUCCUUCCUCAUCUUCAUACUCUUCAUCAUUGUCCAGCUCUUCAUAAUGAAGCUUCGGAAAGCGCACGUGGUGUGGAAAAGAGAAAACGAAAUCUCAGAACACACUCUAGAAAGUUACAAAUCCAGGUCAAAUAAUGAAGAAACAUCAUCCCAAGAGAAAAAGGGCCAAACUUUCCACUCUAAGAGCUACAUGAACUACAUCACACGGUUGUACUCAGAAGCAAAAACAAAGAGGAAGGAAAAUGCACAAAAUUCAAAAUUAAAAGAAGAGCUCACUCAUUUACCAGAGAGCAUUGUAUAGUGCUCUGUGCAGUAGAAAAUAUGAUUUGGGGGGCAGCUGCAUCAUCACAGUGGAGCAGCCUAUGGGAAGGAGCAUAAUAACUGUCACAUGAAAAAUAGACUUUGAGUGCAAUGCAAGAUGGUGUCCUCCCAUGGCAAUCUGCUCUGGAUUCAGAGUCAUGAAAUGAGGACUGGACCGUGGACACAAAAGCUUCAUAGUUUAAAAAAGAAAGGAAAAGAAAAGAAAGAAAGGAAAAAGAAAAGAAAAGAAAAAAGAAAAGAAAAGAACCUAUUAUGUCUGACACUACUUCAGAGCAGGAAGAUUUUCCCAAGCCUUGGAGAUCAGGGUUGAUUUGGCCAGCAAACAUCUCACCCUGAAGGGAAAAGGAGGUCCAGUUGUCCCAGAGGAUCCAGUUGAGAAUCACAUGUUUAAUUUUAGUCUCAUUCAGUUUGGAACAGUUCCUUAAUCUUUCCUGCACAUUCAUGAUAUUUGGGAUAGUUUUGAAGAUUGCAGCUUAGUGAUUUUGUAAACUGUCCCACAGUU